AUGCAAGGGUACAAAGUCUACCUGUGCCUUCGGGUGCUGCUCACCAGCUUUGUUGUCCUGGCGGCGGCACAGCAGGUGGUGGAGAAACAUGCCAGCGAGCUGGACCUCAACUGCGAAAGCUACGAGGAUGGCAUCGACUGGCCGCAGGUGAGGGAGAAUCUCUUUGUUUUCCUGCGGAGGCCUUCCGGUGAUCAUCCCUUUCUGGACUCCCUCUUUGCUAUCGGCCGAAAGAAGUCGGACUGUUAUAUUGGUCUCUGCUGUCUGGGAUACUUGGCCAUCGUCUUCAUGUCGCCAGAGAAGCGGCUGAAGGCCAUGUCCAGUACUCUCUUCGGCAGCGUGCCUCUGUGGGAUCAGAUUCCACUCUCCUACUGGGACACCAUCAACAGCAAGUGGCCGAUCUUCGGUCUGCUGGAGGUGCUACAGUCUCAGCUCAGGGAUCCAUCGUCCCCGGCACCUGCGCAUGCAGAUGGAUGCUGUGAUCGGAUGGAAGAACUGGACCAGCGCUUCCACAAGGUCUUGGACCGCCAACUCGCUGCCGGACAGUUCAUCCCAGCGCAAUCGUCUUUGAGGUUCCUGGUGGAGUCCCCUUCCCGAUGUUCUUUCGGCAAGGCGGCGGCCUACGUGGCCCUGGGCGAGCGGUUUCUUCUCCUCGGGUCCCCCGUGCUUACGCAGGCGGCGAAAGACCUCCUUGCCCUCGGCGAGGCGCAGCUGGAUCGCUGUGCGGUCGGCCGGAACGCCACGAUCUUCGAGCAGAUGCAGUCUGCGUGGCCCACAUGGAGCCUUCUACGCCGGGUGGAGGCUGAGGGCUAUGUGCAGAUACCCUCGGAGAAGCUGCGCAUUCCACCUGGGUACAGCGCCCCUCCGCUGCGGCCAGCCACCUCCCUGCCAAGACCAGACGGAGCCGCUCUUCAGAGGCUGCAACUCGAGCCUGGCGCGAUCGGCACUGCUGCAGGGGGAUCCGGACAGGCCGCGGAGCCGCAGCUUUCUGCGACCGGUCGGCCACCAUGCGAGGCUCGUGGCGUGCACGUGGCCUUGUCCGGCGAUGACCGGCACAUGGAAGGUCUCCUGGCAGUGCUGCAGUCGCUGGUGUUGGGCGUUUCUGACGCACAGCGAGUGUGUGUCCAUGUCUUUGCGUUGCAGCAGGAGCUGGUUGGCCUGAAGGCAGCCCUGGGUUGCAGCUUCAAGGAUCGCCUCGCCGAGGAUGAAGCUGACCCGGACGCGCUUUUUGUCGGAGGUGUGGCCGUGAAAAUCCACAUCUUCAGCGAGUCUGAGGUGCUCUCGGACGAGAUGGCCGUCGAUGCAGGCGUGACAGUGGAGGCUGGCGACCUCAACGCGCCGCAUAACUUCGUGCGCUUUCACCUGGGGAAGUGGAUCCCCUAUGCUCAGAGGAUCGUGUACUUGGACACCGAUGUCAUCGUCAAAGGUGAUGUCUGCGACUUGCACGAUUCGGUCUUUCACGAAAGCUACACAGUCUCCGGCAAGGUUUUGGCGGCAGUUCCCCGCCGUCACUUGCCUCUCUCCUUCUACUUGAAGGUCUUCAGCCCGAGGAUGCCUAUAUGGGUGCCAUCGUCGGCUCCCAGCUUCAACGCAGGCGUGAUGGUCAUCGACAUGCGUGCAUGGGCAGAGCUCAACGUGACUGGGGAAGUCCUGACCUGGGCUCGGCGCAACAAGAAUCGAGAUCUUUGGAG